UAUAUAAAAAACACCUAAGAAAAUGCUCUUUUUUAACUGUAACACUGUAUUAAUAAACAAUUUAUUAAUGAUAUUAUCUCAUUUGAAUACUGUUUUCUCUAUCUAUAUAGAUUGUGUUAUCAAUGUAUUUACAUUUCCUUCUGACCACCAUUUGUGUGGGAGUUGUUGCAAGCAAAAUAAACACAAAGUAUAUUAUGUCAGUUGAUGAUAUCAAAGAGUACAAAAAAAUACUUAAAACACAUAAAAACUUGUUGACAGUUUAUUCGUCUGAUGAUAAAUCUGCUGUUAAAACACUUAAAUGGCUUGAUAAUGUAUCAAAAGAAAUUAAAGGAAAAGGAUCAAUUAUCCACAUUAACUGCGGUGAAAACAAAGAAACUAAAAAACUCUGCAAAAAGUAUGAGGUCAACCCACAACCAAUUAAACUAAGACAUUACAAAGAUGGAAACUUUAACAAAGAUUAUGACAGACAAGAAAAUGAAAAGUCAAUGGUCUCAUUUAUGAUGGAUCCAACUGGAGAUGCUCCUUGGGAAGAGGAUCAAAGUGCUCAAAAUGUUGUACAUAUAAACAAUGAGAAGGACUUGAACAAAUUGCGCAAAAAAGAGAAAGGGCAGUUACUGAUCAUGUUUUAUGCACCAUGGUGUGGUUUUUGCAAAAAGUUAAAACCUGAAUAUGCUGGUGCUGCUGAUGAGAUGAAGAAUAAAGCCGUUUUAGCAGCAAUGGAUGUUGAUAAACCUGAUGUCUAUAAUGUGCGCUAUCAAUUUAAUAUUACUGGAUAUCCAACAAUUAUUUAUUUUGAAGAUGGAAAUGAAAAGUUUCGAUAUUCUGGUAAAAUGGACAAAGAGGGUAUUGUGACAUGGCUGGCAGAUCCUAAACCAGUAUCAAAAGAAGAACAAGGUGAUGAUUGGGAAGCUCCUGAAAUAACUCAUCUAAAUAAUGAUAACUUUGAUAGCACUUUAAAAACAAGUGUAUCAACAAUGGUUAUGUUUUAUGCACCAUGGUGUGGUUACUGCAAAAAAAUGAAACCAGAAUAUGUCAAUGCAGCAAUAACUUUGCAAGCUGAGAAUGUUAUUGCAACUCUUGCUGCAGUCGAUUGUACUCAAUCACAAGCUACGUGCAAUAAGUUUGAAGUUAAAAGUUACCCAACUAUUAAAUAUUUUAUCAAUGGAACUUUAAUGUAUGGAUUAAACACAUACAAAGCUGAUGAUAUUGUUGCAUUUAUGAAAGAUCCAAAAGAGCCACCACCUCCUCCACCUGCUGACUUGCCAUGGGCUGAAACAUCUGGAUCUGAAAUACUUCAUUUGUCCAAUGAAAAUUUUAAAGAUGAAAUGAAAACAAGAAAACAUACUUUAGUGAUGUUCUAUGCACCAUGGUGUGGCCAUUGCAAGAAAGCUAAACCUGAAAUUGAGGCUGCUGCUGAAUAUUUUAAAGAUGAUCGUAAGAUUACUUUUGCAGGUGUUGAUUGCACGGUUCAUGAUGCACUUUGUAAAAGCUAUGAAGUAUCUGGUUACCCUACAUUUAGGUAUUUUUUAUAUGGAAAGAAAGACUUUGUUUAUAAAGGAGGAAACACUAAAGAAAAUUUUAUUGCAUUUAUGAAAAAUCCAGAGGAACCAAUAAUUGAAAAAAGUCGACCUGUGGAGCCAGAAUGGAGUGAAACUAACACCAAUGUUGUGCAUUUAAACUUUAAUACAUUUGAUAACUUUAUCAGCAAAAAUCCGUCAGCUUUAGUUAUGUUUUAUGCUCCAUGGUGUGGCCAUUGCAAAGCACUAAAACCAGCUUAUACAGAAGCUGCUGAAGAAUUGUUGUAUAAAAACCAUAAGCUGUGUGCUGUAGACUGCACUAAGAACCAAGAUUUGUGUAAUGAACACAAUGUUACAGGUUAUCCAACUAUCAAACAUUUCUAUAAUGGAAAGGUAUCACAUUAUAAUGGUGGGCGGUCUAAAGAGGACAUAAUCACUUUUUUGAGCAGUAUUAAAACUGAAAAGAAGGUGCCAACAACAAAGAAUGAAUUUUGGGAUUCCAAUGAUGUCAUCCAUCUUGACGAUGUUACAUUCCCUGACUUUAUUAAGGAAACAAAAAUAGUUUUGAUAAUGUUCUAUGCACCAUGGUGCGGCCAUUGUAAUAAGAUGAAAAGUGAUUACCAAAAUGUUGCAAAUAUAUUUCACUCACAAAAAAUUCUGAAAGAGAGAAUUGCUGCUAUAGAUUGUGUUGUUAACAGAGCAACAUGCAUUAAGUAUGAUGUUCAUGGUUACCCUACACUUAAACUCUUUAAGGAUGGUGAAAAAUAUGCAGACUAUGAGGGAGGAAGAACUUCUUCACAAAUAGUUGAGUUUGUUAAAAAUUCUCGUCAUUCUACGCCACCAGUACAAAGUUGGUCUAAUGAAAACACAGCUGUUAUUCAUCUUAAUGAUGAUACAUUUGAUUCCUUUAUUGCAGAAUAUUCAUCUGUAUUGGUUAUGUUCUAUGCUCCUUGGUGUGGCCAUUGCAAGAGCAUGAAGCCAGCCUAUGAGAAAGCUGCAGAAUAUGUUAAUCUUAAAGAAGAGGUUCCUGGUAAACUAGCAGCUUUUGAUUGCACUGUUAAUAAAGUUGUUCCAAAAGCUUUAGCUUUACAGGGAUACCCAACUUUGAUGUAUUUCAAAAAUGGUCAUCAGUUAGAAAAGUAUGAAGGGGAUCGUUCAUUUGAAUCAAUUGUUGAUUAUAUGAAAAAAGCUUCAGAAAAAAAAGAAGGACCAUCUGCUGUUAAAGAAUGGAAAGACGAGCCAUCAGCCGUACACCACAUAACCCAAAAUUCUUUUGAAGAAUUUAUUCUUGAAAAAGAUGUACUUAUCAUGUUUUAUGCUCCUUGGUGUAGUCACUGUAAUGGAAUGAAACCUGCAUUUAUGCAGGCAGCUAAUACAUUAAAGAAAGAAAAUUUUCCUGGUGUGUUAGCAGCAGUUGAUGCGACUAAAGCAGUAGAGUUGGCAAAUAAGGAAGGUGUGAAGGCAUACCCUACAUUGCGAUAUUACAGUAAAGGAGAGUUUAUAGAACAAUUUACUGAUGAUCGUUCUGUAGAAAACAUCAUAAGAUUUAUGAAAAAACAAAAAGAAUCUCCUCAUCGUCGUCAAGCUUCUAUUGACAACUUUGAUUGGUCAGACAUGCCUAGCCAAGUCACACAUUUAUCUGCAGAUGGUUUCCAAUCUUUUCUGAAUGGAAAGACCCAUGCUCUUGUUAUGUUUUAUGUAAAAUGGUGUAAUGGUUGUUUUGAAAUGCGAGGGAGUGUUAUGCAAGCAGCUUCACGUCUCUCCACACAACCAUUAUAUGCUUUUGCUGCUAUUAACUGCGAUGAAAAUGACGUAUUUUGCAGCAGCAUUGGAGUUGUGGUUUUUCCUUCAAUCAAAUACUAUUCAAAAGGGGAGUUUGUUGAAAAUUAUGAAGGUAUCGUAAAACCCGAAACUAUAGUGAACUAUUUGAAAUCGAAAGUUAAAGAUGAGUUGUAGUCGCUUUAAUUAGUAGUUUUUUAAUAUAGCUAAAUAUUUUUUACUCAAUUGGUUAGGAUCUAGUUUUUGAUUAGCUCUUUUAUAUUUUAUUUAAUUAUAGUAUUGUUUUGUUUUUUUCGUAAAACAGAAAUUCAUUUUGUAAUAUAGCAAGAUAUGUAACAAUUUAAACUGUAAAUUAAAGGAAACUAAGAAUCGCCUGUUAAAAUUUUUCUGUACUUUUUAUUACUUUCUAUUUAUACAUUUUUAUGCAAAAAUAUUCUGUAACUCUAAUGUCAAUACUGUAAAAUGUAUUUGCGUUGAUAUUUUAUGGUGGAACAAAUGUAAUUUUAUGGAAUAAAAGAUAUCUAGAAGUUCAAAGUAAAAA